AUGGGCCUCAAAGAGUCUGAAGCCGCUGUAGAUGCUGCCAGCAAGGGUCAGGCAGCGUCUGGUUAUGAACACCUUACGCCGUGGCAGACUGUCAAGACUUUCAAGGUCGCCACGGCUGUGUGCUUCCUUGCCGCUUUCAGCGCUGCAACUGAUGGCUUCCAGGUCGGUAUGAACGCCAGUAUUGUCGCCAACAAGGGCUUCGUCCACGAGUUCGCCACCAAGCACGACGCUGAAGGAAACCCCUUCCUCGAAUCUCCCAUCCUCAGCGCCUGGAGCUCCAUCAUGUCCGUCGGUCAAGUCAUCGGCAUGACGUCCCUCGCCUUCGUCUCGAGUCGAUUUGGUAGGAAGGUUGCCAUGUACACCUACUGGUUCAUCUUGGCCAUGAGCGUCAUGACUGAAUCCCUCGCACGAACUUGGCCGGUAUGGUUAGCUGGCAAACUACUCGCCGGCAUCGGUGUUGGUUGCCUUCAGUCGACUCUGCCCAUCUAUAUCUCCGAGGUUGCACCAGUACGAAUCCGCGGUGGUCUUCUCAUGUGCUAUAGCUUCUGGUGGACUGUCGGCACCUUCUUUGCUCAUGUUGCACUGAACGUUUUGAACCAAACACAUGAGAUGGACUGGCUGGUCCCGAUUUACACCCAAUGGGCACAAAUCGGUCUCAUGCUUCUCAUUUAUGUCUUCCUGCCUGAGUCGCCAGCCUGGUGUGUUGGAAGGAAGAAUUACGAGCGAGCCCGCAAAGCGAUGCAGCAACUGCACGGUAGAGUGCCCGAUUACAACAUCGACCAGCAACUCCAGGUCCUGAUUCUAGCCGCCGAACACGAAGAGGCUGUCGCAGCUGAGCAGAAACGCCAAAGUUGGGUGUCCAUCUUCCGAGGCACCGACGGCAGACGCACUGUGACAGCUCUCUGGGCCAACCUCUCGCAGCAGUUCCUCGGUCUUACACUCUUCUCCAGUUUUGGUACCUACUUUUUCCAGCAGGCCGGUGUUGCCAAGCCGUUCACUGUCAAGUGCAUCACUUCUGGAAUCAACAUCGCUACCAUCAUCAUUAUCAUUCUAGUUGCUGAUCGAGUUGGCCGAAGAUGGAUCGCCUGUACUUCAACCACGGUGGAGAUGGUCGCUUGCGCUGUCAUUGGCGUCCUUGGUCUCAUUAAGAAGACUAAGGCAAUGGACUACAUUUUUGUGCUAUUUGCCUGUUUUUGGAACAUUGGUAUGACUGCCAACGGAGCUGCAGGUUGGGGCUACAUCGGCGAAAUCUCCUCCCAGCGACUUCGACCUUAUACGGCAGGCUUCGGUGCCGCCAUUACCUGCGUUGUCGGAAUUGUCAUGAACGUCCUUGUUCCUUACAUGGUCAACCAGCACAAGUGGAACUGGGGUUUCAAGACGGGUUGGUUCUACGCCGGAGUCGGUUUGCCCUUCGUGAUUGGAAUGUGGCUUCUGAUCCCCGAGACCAAAGGUCGUUCUGCCGCUGAGCUGGAUGAGUUGUUUGAGAGGAAGAUCAAGGCCUGGAGGUUCCACAAGACCGAGACAGCCACCCAGCGCCUUGUCGAGGUGCAGAACAAGUAUUAA